AUGGUAAAAAAUGACGAAAAGAAUGCAGAUGAUCGUAUUGUCAAAUCAGUAAUGGAUGCAUAUCGCUCUCACAUUUUCUACAAAUUCACGAAAUUCGCGGCUGAACAAGAAGAAGAUCGGUACGAAUUCAUAAACGCGAAUGAGUACUCUUCUGAAUGGAAGCUUGCACUCUUGCUUAUACUCGCUCUUCCAGCUCUACUCUUUAUAACGUGCUUUACUGGUGUAAUCCUACUUACAGCGUACACCAUCGUGGAAUUUCAACGGCAAGGUCAGCCCAACAACAGUCUCUACGAUUUCUUCGCCGUGAUCUUACAAACUUAUGGCUAUGCUGGAAUGGUUAUAUCAGCAGCACUCUUUCUGACAACUGCGUAA